AUGUCCGACGAGGAGGAGGACUAUAUGUCCAUGGUGAUUGAGGAGCCCACUCAAAAAGAGACCUUCACUCAGCGAAAACGCCGGGAGCAACGAGAGGCCGAAGCCCGCGGGCGAGUCCCCUCCAAAGCCGAACGCGCCGCCCAAGAAGCAGCCCGCCGCGAUGAAGCCCUCGCAAAAAGCACCCUGGACCCAUCCAACAAGGGUUUCAAGAUGAUGGCAAAACUAGGCUUCAAACCCGGCGAGUCCCUCGGUAAAAACGAUCCUUCCGGUCCUUCGACCGCGACAACCACGACGGGAUCCGACCCGUCCUCGACUCAUCGUCCGACUCCCCGCGCAGAGCCAUUGAAUCUCAUUUUCAAGGAGGGCCGCGGCGGAAUCGGCCUAGACAGCGAGAAGAAGCGCAAAAUCCGGGAAGAAGCAGCAGAAGCAACUAAGAAAAUCAAGCAGGAGGAGGGUGAUUAUCGAGAUCGCGUGCGCGAGGAGCGCGAGACUCGACGCACCGAGGCGCAUGUUCGCGCAGCGCAGAAAGUAGCGGAGAGAUUAGAUGCUGAGGCGGAGGCGGAAGCUGAGAUUGAGAGCAAGUCCCAGCCUGAAGCCGAGCGUAAGGACGAAUCUCAAUCUCACGACAAAACAUCAAGAACACAAACACAAUCCACGGCCGGUGACGUGAUUGACAGCGACGAAGACGACAUACCCGACCGCGCCCAUUCGCAGGACGAAUCUCGCAAGGCUGAUCCGACGAAAAAGAAGCAUUACAAGCCAACCGCUCAACUCAACGUGCUCUACCGGGGUCUAGUCCGCGAGCGCGAGGAGCGCGAACGCUCUAUUCAAGCACGUCAUGCACUACAAACAUCCCUACCGUCCUCGUUCUUUCCCGGGGCUAAAUUACCGGGCUACACGGACGUUACUCUGGAUGGUGAUGAUCAGCAGGCACUCGGGAUGAGGGAGCCAUAUACUGCGAUUGUGGAGCAGGAGCUUGAAGAGGAGGAUCCCGAGUUGGAUGCUUUCAAUGCGCUUGAACCGGCUGAGCGAUUGCGGAGGUUGGUUGUGUAUUUGCGAGAGACGUACCGGUAUUGUUUCUGGUGCAAGCAUCGCUAUGAGACGGAUGAUGAGUUGGAGGGGUGUCCGGGGUUGACGGAGGAGGAUCAUGAUUGA